UCAUUAGCUUCGAAGAUGGCUUCCCAGCAGAGGAAGCCGAUGAAGGGGAUCCUUAAAUCGUCCUCCAGUUUUGAUAAACCAGAACCUAUUUACACAACAAACACACCUAGGGAUGGGAGGAAGGAGAUGACUUGGGAUGAAAUGAAUAUAUUGGCAACACAUCAUCCCGCGGAUAAAGAUUAUGGCCACAUGAAGAUUGAUGAACCCCUUACACCAUACAGCAAAUAUUCUGACCCCGAGGAUGAGGAAGGAGAGACACACCAAAGACGCAGCAGCAUUAGUGAGAAAGAAAGUGAACUGAAUGCAGAGACAAUUGCUUCAAGAUUAAAUGAAGAAGGAAUUAAUCCAACUGUGCUUAGGGAUCAUGCUUCUAUAGACGAGGAAUCUGAAUCUUCUGACGAGGAACCUGAAAAUCCAGAAAAAAGAGCUGAACGGAAAGCUUUUGAGCAAAAGAGAAAGCUGCAUUACAAUGAAUUUCAAGCUGUCAAACUAGCCAAGCAGUUGAUGAAAGAUGAAGAUGAUGACGAUGAAGAGGAUGAUGAUGAUAAUGAAAGUAACAAAUUAGAAAAUAAUGUGACAGACUCAAGUCAACAGCCAAAUCGGGAUUCAGCAUUAACGGAGGAUUGUAAACAGUCCGCCGGACAAUGAUGUAUAUGUUAUAACUGUUAGACAUUGUUCCAUAGGUAACGGUGUUCCGCUGUUGUGUUAAAGCUAGGUUAUACAAGGUAACCGUUUGUGUUUGUAUGUUGGGUACAGUAUACGUUUAUAGCUUGUUACGGUGUGUUGAAAAUUAAUAUAUACAAAUGUUUAGCCUGCACGUAUCCCUGAUUGUUCAAACCGCUAUUUUCUGAUCAUGAGAAAGUCAAAGAAUUGCAGAUUUAUAAAUUGUCUUUUUUUACUUAUCUCUAGUUUAUGACUUACUAACUUCCUUCCACAAAAUUCUGUCCAUUGUAUGACAGAAAGGGUGCAUUCAAAGUCCGAAACCUCCACACGUAAUAUUAUGUGUUGAUUUCACCAGGUUGACUAGAAAAUUUCUCUUGUGCAAGGAUCUCACUCUGUCAGUUCAGGUGUGUUAUAUAAGUAUGAUCACAUGGUUUUGAACGCACUCUUUGUUGAUGAUAGAGACCGAUAUAAAUAUAUUAUGUAUAUUUAUGUGUAAACAACAUGUAAUAAUGGGUAUUAUGGGUAGAUGUAUAUUUUAUAUGAUGGUAAUGGGUACAUUAUACUCCCAACUAACUCAAUUUUAUUUCCAAUUUUUGUAAAACCUAUCAACUAUACAUAAAUUCAAAGUUCAUUCUUCGGUUGUCUAUUUCUUCGUUGUAAAUUUUUUUUUUUUGAAGAAAAAGAAUAAAGGUGAGGAAAUAUAUAACAGUUCAUGAACCCAUGAACCUGAAGAGGCUUUCAUGCCUGUUAUAUCAAUUCAAAAUGGUUUCAGUGGUGUCUACAAUAUGAACACCCUUGGACUUGAACUGAGCAAAGAUUUUAUCAAAAUUUAAAUUUUUAGUGUUUUUCUGUCAACAAACAGAUUAAUUACCACAGAAGUACAAUUUGUAAAAUCAGAGAGAGAAAAGGAAAAUUCUCCUUUUGGAUUCUUGUGUAUUAAAUUUCAUAAAAUUUUGUGAAAAAGUAUUGAUACUUUUUGAUUCAUACCUGUAAAAGCUGAUUCUAAAUCUUAGUCAUGUUCUGUUCAUGCCACUGUUCUUCAAAUUUAUCCAGAUAUGCAAAAUUUAAAACGGCCAUAUACUUGUACAUUUUCAGUGUUUUGUGUAAACAUUAGGGCAUUUAUGUUCUCUUAAAAAAUGUCUAUAUUUUAUACUACAAAAAUUAAUUGUUGUUCAUAAUGAUGGAAUUGUGACAUAAAAAAUAUUUUUUAUUAAAAAAAGGUACAUGUAUAUGCAAGCUUUAUUAUGGACAUAUAUACAUGAGAACCCAUAUACCCCAGUUCUGUACAGUUAUAUGUAGUCCACAUACCUGCCCUCUGUUAUAUGGCUGUACACCAGUGACUGAUCACAACAGUUUUCAUCAGGCCUUUUAAUUACCAUUUCACAAUGACAAAUGAAAUGUAGCAGAAAACGUUUGUUUUGAUGGCAAGUAUUAUGUUAAAAUCUUCUGUUGGGCGGUUGGAGAUCAGUCAAUCACACAAUAUGUGUUACUGCCCUCUUUAAUAUGAUCAUCAUUUUAUGAAUUUUUUCUGUUCGUUGUGUAAUAAUACAAUAUUCUACAAUUGAUUUUCUGUCCGUUGGUAAGAUUGUAUUGACAUUGAAACAAGUGCUAUGUUUGUAAUUUUUUUUUGUAUUAUUUUUUUUAAAUUUGGAAUGGGGCUCUAAUUCGAUUCCAAGUCCAAAAGAAAAAAGUCCUGAUUGACGUUGAAACAAGUGCUAUGAUUUAAUUCCUCCUGAAAAUGUUGUAACCUAGAGAACCCUGUGUGUUGUGCUGUACUAUACACUGGAUAGUUAAGUGUGAAUUUGAGUGUGCUUAGGUUAUUUAUGUUGUUAUUAGAAUCAUCAUAAUUAUUAGCUAUGCAAGAAUUCCAGAAAAAUCUCAAAAUAUUUGUUUUAUAAAAAAAAAUUGAGCAAAAUUUUGUUAAAAGGUUUGACAGUAAAUCUUGCAAAAAUGUAUGAAUUCAAUGUACCAAUCUUUUGUAAUGUUUUUAAGGCACUUCUCACACAGUCCCGUUCUAGCAUGGCUAAUACCAGAAGUCUGUGAUGUUUGAUUCUACAAGAAUUUCAUGAUCUCCCAGACUACACCAUAUAGUGUUCACCUGAUGAGAGUGAGAGAAAAAAAAACUACAAAAUCUUCCUGAUUUGAAGAAAAUUAAAUUUUCAGAUUUUCACCUUUGAAGUUUAUCAUCUUUAUUUCAUCGGAAAUUAAGUUACAAGUGAUUAAAAUGAUUAAAAAAAAAAAUACUUUGUUGAAAUUGCUCUUGUCCACAGUUCUUUUGUAAGUCCUACAGUGAACCAGCAGAGAUCAAUAUUAAAGAUGAGGUUUAAAACAAUUUUUAGGGUUUGUUGCAAUAUGUGUGCAGAACGUUUUAAUACAGAUUUCAUAGAUGUGAGAAUUGUAGAUUCAGGUUUGAUACUGUGUAUGUAGAAUAUACUUAUAAGUCACAAGGUUUAGCUUUACGUAUUGUCGAGUCUUUGUUUUGUACAUAAUUAGGAUCUGAUUGCUGUAUUUUGUAAAAUCGUAUAGCAAUACUGAGCUGUAGGAACAAGAAUGUUUUAAUGCUCUUGAAGUCUGACAGAUUUUCUGAUCAUGAUAGUUGUUCAUUUGAUUAUGUUAAGUGCUAUUUGAGAAAUUCUGUGUCAUUGUCACCUUCUGUGACCCCUCCCACUCACUGUUAUGUUUCCCAGGGGAAUGUUUAUUCAAAUGAUACUGAGUAAUGAAACCCAUCCAUUUGUAUUAAACAUUUUAUAUACAGACGAAGGUUCCAUGAUGAAACGACCUAUGUUAUGCAUAGAUUAACCUAUGCUAUGCAAUACAACACUACAUAUUUUGACAUAUGGCAUUUGGCUGAAUAUUGAAAUUGUUUCAAGAUAUACUUUUAUACAGGACAGGUAUUUGAUUAAAAAUAUUCAAUUAAAACAACAAAAAUGUUUCAUAACAGGUAACACAAGCACGUAAAUUAAUGACAUCAUCAAAAAAGUUAUAUAUAUGCGAAAAUAGGCAACACAAGCACAUAAAUUGAUGACAUCAUCAAAAAAAAGUAAAUACAUGUCAUAAAGCAACACAAGCACAUGAAUUGAUGACAUCAACAAAUACAAUGUGUAAAUGGCAAUAUGAUUGGAGGACAACAGCUUAACUUACUUUGUUGAUGUCUUAGAUUUUUUAAAUGUUCAGGCUAUAGAUUAUCAGUCAUAAAAUGUUUACCUCACCUGGCCAAAAUAUACAACAUAAAUUAUUAAGAUUGUAUAUCGCAAUACUUUGAAUGGUGAAUCACAAUAAAUUUAUAUUUGAAAUAUCUAUACAUAAGUCAUAUAACCUGCUUCGGAGUUGGAUGCUUAGAUGCACUAGGUAUAUACACACAUGUAUUUUGAUUUGGCAGUUUUACACCAUUUUUAGACAGUAGUGGUAUGGUUAAUCCUGUAUGCAUGAAGAAACAGAUGGUACUAGUAUAUAUCGUAAUAUGUUAAACCUAAGGUGUGUUCAGGAUGACGAGCGAAGAAUUCAAAAUGGCGACCUUCAGUUUAAAUGUUAAAUUAAUUGACGUGUUAUUCGGUUAUUACAGUGAAAUUUAAAACUCACCACAAGAGCUUGGUCACCAUAAUUUUUUUUUUUCAAAUUCUUUUGACAAUGACUUCAACUUCUUUUUAUGAAUAAUUUGUAUGCAAUUCAUUUAUUCUCGCUCUUAAUUCUCAAACCUCCUCAUCGUAAUUCUGUUCAAAUCCAUGUUGGAUUUGAUGGCAAAUUGCUCUGUGUGUAGUAACAUGUGUGCAACCACUCACUGUCAUUUGAAAGCGCUCUGUAAUCCGAACAUGCCUUGAGUAUUUAUUUCUUGUUAAAUACUGGAUGUCUUAUUUAUAAUGCAAUGCACCGUAACUGAUACAUGCUAAAUAUAUACAGUAUAGCUAUAUAUCUACUUUUGUAUAUUAUACAGAUGUAUUUUUAAAAAAGAUAUCUCCAAUAUUGAUCUGUUGUCAGUAAUAAAUAUAUCAUCAGUAUACCUAUUACAAAGUGCUAUUUUGCCACAAGUAUUAUCAGCAAGUAUAUUUGCUAAGAGCCUAUGACACUUCAGAAAGUGUCUGAUUAAAUAAUAAAUUUCCUGAUUCAUGUCGGAUAUAUUGUUACACAAUGUUGUGCACUAUGUAAUUCAGUGAAAGGAAAUGCACAUAACGUACAUAUACACAUAUUUUGCAUUUUUGAAUGUUUGUUAUUUUUACAAAAAUAACUUAAGUUUGAUGUAUGGAUCACAGGGAAUUGGCACAAAUUCCUCCCUGGUCCAUAUAUAUAUUAUUAUGAAUGCAUAUAUAUGGACAGUGGGAUGGAAAUUUGUGCCAAGUCCCUGCGUAAUCGAGUAAGUCAAAUUCAUAGUAAACAGACAUAACUCCAGACUUAAGAUAUGUAGCUAGGAUUUCUUAACUGAUAGAUUUAGUCGGGUUGAAUUUUAGAAUGGAAACAUCAGUGUAACUAUAAUCGACAAAUUUCUGUGAUAGCUUGAACAAGAAAAAUUACAUUCCUUUCAAAAUUGUGACUGACAUAGGUUUUAGAUAUUAUUUAGACAUUAUAUCUACUGGGUAGAUACUUUGAUCGUAACAUUAAAACAAAAUAUGGCUGAAACAUAGCCAAAAUGUGUGUAUUUAUAGUAAAUUUGACCAUAAAACACUUUAUGUCAUAUAAAUGCAAAACAUGACUGAAAUUUAGCCAAGAUAUUAAUGUGUUACGUUGUUAUCCGUAAACUGAUAUACCAGUUUGGAUUUUAAGUUUGAAGGCAUACUUCAAUAAGUGCUGCGACUUUAGACACUAGUCCUAUGCCCAUGGCUAGUAAUUUUUGAUUCGGACUAGUGGAAAAUCCUUGAAUUUCAAUAUAAUUUUCAUAAUAAACACUGCAUUUUGCUUGUCCUGACUAGUGCUUGAAAAUGUUAGCGUCACAGACUGCUUCAACUAUUUUAUUUUUCGUUAACACAGGUAACAAGUUAUAUUAAUGAUGGUUUAGAUGGCAAAUAUUUCACAUCCACAUUUAGCACAAAAGAAAACAAAAAUUUAUAUAGAAAAUAUAUUUGUAUUUAAAACAAUUAAAAACGGUUAUCCCAGAUUUGAUACUUUUAUCCUUAAUUAUUUAUGUGUGUACGAUGUAAGUCCUAUUUCUGUUGUGUGCGAGAAUUUAUUGCGAUUAUAGAUGUGGUUUAAUGCAUAAUAUGAUUGAAUGCUUCAGCUUGUACAUGAACGUUUCAAAUGCUUUAAAUAACUCUACACCCACAAAUAUACCUUUCUUCCAUAUUCUGUUAUCAUAUUAUAAGCAGAAUAAAUAAUUAGUUAUUUUCCUAUGAAGUAGCAACAGAUUCCUGUUACUUUGUUUUCAGAAACUGGAUAAAUUUCUUCCAGCCACGUCAUUAAGAAAACAUUCAUGUGAAAAACUGUAUUUAUAUUAUAAUUCCAACAAUUUGAUUGCCUAGAUAAGACUUAAAUUUACUGUAAAUCUCUUUAUUUUUGCGUGUAAUUAUUUUUCAGGUCAAUUUAAAUGCAGACUCCAAAGUUAUCUUAAACAUUAACAGCAUUAUAUUACCCAGUAAUUCUAUAGAAAAUAAAUAUAAAUUUUUAUAGAGCUUUGUCUCAGUCAGGAAUUAAAUAAAAGCACUUCUGAAUAAAAGCUGUUAAUAUUUGAAUUGUAGUACCCUUAAAACAUUAAAAUGUAAAAAUUAAACAAUUUGCAGUAACUUUUUUCAUCCGCUUCUUAAUUGCAUUCUUAGAAUUAAUUUUUGUUAAAUUUUGUUUUAGAAUUAAAAACCAUUAAAUCUGUUGUUCCUUAUCGUCUUUAAAAUACAAGUUUAUUGUGACAGAGCCUAUUGAAAAAUGUUGAUUGGUAAUAUGGAUUUUUUUUUCUUUAAUUGACAUACAUAUUUGUCAGAUUUCUUCCACAUAGUGGAGUUUAGUUUGGUUGUUGUUUCUCUCGUGGAAUCUUUCGAAACCCUCCCAUCCACUGACAUGGGAUGAUGUAUUUUGAGGUGUCCGUAAUAAUACUAUGCUAAAUGCUAUAUAGAUUCCAUCCCAAACAAAUGAGAUUGAACAUGUUUUAACAUAUCUUUUUUAUUUGUAAUUUUCUUAGUAAAAAGAUCUGUUUUGUUGUUCAUUUGUUUGUAACAUUGACAUUCUUUGGUACUUCACAACAGAAAAGGACAUAUCAUUUAUACUUUGUUACGUAUGAAUUAAUUAUAUAUUAUUGAUUUGAUAAUGUGCUUGUAUUGUGACUAUUUGAUGUUCAUGUAUAUAUCAAGUAAAGUGUAAGUGUGUAUAGUUUAGAUUUUGAACAAUGAAACUUCAUGAGUUUGAAAUCUAAGUCAAAUAUAAGCAUUGCUAAAGAUUAAAAGAUUGAGUAUUUCGUACCAGUUUUUAUUGUUACUACAAAAUCAAGUAUAUUUACAAUAUCCACUUCCAACAACCAUUGAUACAAAAAUUGUGAUGAACAAAUUAUUCAUUACAAAUUUCUCAAUAAAUGAUUUCAAAAAUUCAA